UCUCUCCCAUUCUGGAAGUCUGAGGUCAAGGGUGUGGGCAGGGCUGGUUCCUCCGGAGCCUGUCUCCCUGGGCGUGCAGACGCCGCCUUCUCCCUGUGUGAGCGCAGCCCUUUGUCUCUCCCACUUCUUAGAAGGACGCCAGUCGGAUUGGGUUCAGGCCUGCCAUAGACUGAAUGUUCGUGUCUCCCCCCCACCCCUGUCCCCCAAAAACUGUGUAUGUUGAAGACCCGAUCCCCACCGCGAGGGUAUUAGGAGGUGACGGGACGCGUGCCCUCAGAAGAAGAGACACAAAACAGCGUGUUCCCUACCCGCCCCCCACCAUGUUCAGGAGGCAGGAAAAGAGCUCCCACCAGGCCUGGGCCUUAUCUUGGGCCUCCGGCCUCCAGAAUUAUGAGACGUAAAUGCGUGUGGUUUGAGCCAGGGCCCCCUUCUUAAAGGAAACGAUUUUUCUGGCACUGGAUCAAAUGGGAAGAAAGGUUUCUUGUUUUUAACAUUCAGUCAUCUCUAUGCCGAACAUGGGGCUUGAACUCCCACUCGCCAGACCCCAAGAUCAAGAGUCACUCUACCGACUGAGCCAGCCAGACGCCCUGCGCCUUCCAGCAGGAGGCACCCCCCCCCCAACCCCCACUGGGGCCAAUCCUGAGGAAACAACGUCUCACGAACCAGGGACAUUCUAUAAAACGUCUGGCCUGCACACUUCAAAGACACCCACGUCUCAGUCCAACAAAUGGCUCUAGGGCACGGCCACUGGGUGCGGCGAGGUCCGGGAUUUUGCUGUGACAGGCAAACUGAGUGAGGUCUGUUGAUUAGGUCAUGGAUUUGUAUCAAUGAGCCUGGCACAAAGGCCCGCCUGUGGCCGGGGACGGCCAAACCAUUGCUGGAUGAAGCGAACCCGCAAGGUGCUGGGCAGAGCCACUGACGGUUCCACAUCUGUCCACACCUGGCUCAGGCCUGGGCGAAUGUGGCCAGCCGCUGGGCACUGGGCUGCAUUGGGCCACCUGCACUGGGGGAAAUGGACCCAGCUGGGGCUGCCUCUGCCUUUGCUGAUAACCAGCCUGGUUCUGCGUGCCCUGGAUGAGAAGGUCAGCAAGGGAACGCCCCGAAAAUCUGGAUUUACACCUCCAUGUGAGGAGCCCUUUACACCUUCAGCGCAGUCUGCUCGGCCACUCACCUUUUCACAGCAAAACUGCCUCACGAAGGUCUUGGGGAGCACAGAUCCCAGCAUGCCUUCCGAGACACCCCAAGCAGAAACGGGGUCCGCAGGGUGCCCCCACCUCUCAGGGGCACACCUAGGGAAAGGGAGCCUGGAGAAGGGACCUCCGGGGGACAAGGAAGCCAAGGAGCGCCUGUGGAUCCGUCCCGAUGCCCCAAGCAAGUGUUCCUGGCAGCUGGGCAGGCCGGUCACUGACUCCCCUCAUCACCACACUGUCUUGACCGAAUCCCCCCAAAUCUUGCCAGACAUCCUGAAGAAAAUCGGGGACACCCCCAUGGUGAGAAUCAAUAAGAUCGCAAAGAAAUUCGGCCUCAAGUGCGAGCUCUUGGCCAAGUGUGAGUUCUUCAACGCGGGCGGGAGCGUGAAGGACCGUAUCAGCCUGCGCAUGAUUGAGGACGCCGAGCGGGCCGGGACCCUGAAGCCCGGGGACACCAUCAUUGAGCCGACGUCCGGGAACACAGGGAUCGGGCUGGCCCUGGCUGCCGCCGUGAAGGGUUACCGCUGCGUCAUCGUGAUGCCGGAGAAGAUGAGCACGGAGAAGGUGGAUGUGUUGCGGGCCCUGGGGGCCGAGAUUGUGAGGACGCCCACCACGGCCAGAUUUGACUCCCCGGAGUCCCACGUGGGGGUGGCCUGGAGGCUACGGAACGAGAUCCCCAAUUCUCACAUCCUGGACCAGUACCGCAACGCCAGCAACCCCCUCGCUCACUACGACACCACCGCCGAGGAGAUCCUGCAGCAGUGUGACGGGAAGUUGGACAUGCUGGUGGCUUCGGCGGGCACGGGUGGCACCAUCACGGGCGUCGCCAGGAAGCUGAAGGAGAAAUGCCCAGGGUGCAAAAUCAUCGGGGUGGAUCCCGAGGGUUCCAUCCUCGCAGAGCCCGAGGAGCUGAACCAGUCGGAGCAGACGGUCUACGAGGUGGAAGGGAUCGGCUACGACUUCAUCCCCACGGUGCUGGACCGGACGGUGGUGGACAAGUGGUUCAAGAGCAACGACGAGGAGGCCUUUGCCUUCGCCCGGAUGCUGAUUGCACAGGAGGGGCUGCUGUGCGGUGGCAGUGCCGGCAGCGCCAUGUCGGUGGCCGUGAAGGCUGCCCAGGAGCUGCAGGAGGGCCAGCGCUGCGUGGUGAUUCUGCCGGACUCGGUGCGCAACUACAUGUCCAAAUUCCUGAGUGACGAAUGGAUGAUGCAGAAGGGCUUCCUGAAGGAGGAGGACUUCACCGUGACGAAGCCGUGGUGGUGGCACCUGCGAGUUCAGGAGCUGAGCCUGUCGGCCCCGCUGAUGGUGCUGCCCACGGUCACCUGCGAGCACACCAUCGAGAUCCUCCGCGAGAAGGGCUUCGACCAGGUGCCCGUGGUCGACGAAUCAGGGGUGAUCCUGGGGAUGGUGACCCUGGGGAACAUGCUCUCGUCCCUGCUCGCUGGGAAGGUUCAGCCGUCAGACCAAGUUCGAAAAGUCCUCUAUAAGCAGUUCAAACAGAUCCGGCUGACGGACCCGCUGGGCAAGCUGUCGCACAUCCUGGAAACGGACCACUUCGCCCUGGUGGUCCACGAGCAGAUCCAGUCGCGGGACCUGGCCUUGACGGGCGUGGUGGGGGGGCCCUCAGACCACAGCAACGGCAAGUCCAGUCAGAGGCAGACGGUGUUCGGGGUCGUCACUGCCAUCGACUUGCUGAGCUUCGUGGCCGCUCGGGAGCGCGACCGGAAGACCAAGUCAGGAAGCACCUCGGAGCCCAGACCUGCGGGGGCCACGGUACAGCUCUGACCGCGCCCACGCCUCGCCUCGCCUCGCCUCGCCUCGCCUCGCCGGGGUCCGUGCUCUACCUUUUGUAAACACAGAAUCCACACGCGUGAUUUUUAACUGCCUGACGCUGGGCGGUGUCGUGAGGAGCGGGUAGCAAGCAGCGGGUGUAGGAUGCUUAGCCCGGGGCCGGUGUGGACGCUAGCUUCCCUUUUACUAACACCUGGCCGCCUCGGUGAAUCCGCUUACGGUUUAUUGGAGUAGAUGUGUGUUUCUUUACCUUUCUUCUAAAACGGCUCAGCAAGAAAAUCUUACCAAACAGGAUACAGCCAGGCGGGUGAGCCCUCGUGGCAAAUGACCAGAGCAGGGUGGAUAAAAGCGGAGGAAAGUGCUCUUCUGGAGAAGAGCCUACGAUGGGGAGCAGCAGAAAGGCGGCUAGGGAAGGAUGGCCUGUUGGGAGCCCUCACACGGAGGUGCUGUCUCCUGGGUACCGGGGCUGGUUACAGUGACUUCAGUGUUUGGGGGUUUCUUAAUGGAGGUGAAAUUCGCUCAACCUUAAAUGAACGAUUUAGAAGUGUAAGUUUUCGGGGCGCCUGGGUGGCUCAGUCGGUUGAGCGUCCGACUUCGGCUCAGGUCGCGAUCUCACGGUUUGUGGGUUCGAGCCCCGCGUCGGGCUCUGUGCCGACGGCUCGGAGCCCGGAGCCCGGAGCCUGCUUCGGAUUCCGUGUCUCCCUCUCUGCCCCUCCCCUGCUUGUGCUCUCUC